CCCUUCCAGUCCGGACACUUUUACCCCCUUCCAGUCCGGACACUUUUACCCCCUUCCAGUCCGGACACUUUCACCCCCUUCCAGUCCGGACACUUUCCCCCCCUUCCAGACCCGGACACUUUCCCCCCUUCCAGUCCGGAACACUUUUACCCCCUUCCAGUCCGCGACACUAUCCCCCCUUCCAGGUCCGACACUUUUUACCCCCCCCUUCCAGUCCGGACACUUUUACCCCCUUCCAGUCCCGGACACUUUCACCCGCCCUUCACAGUCCGUGACACU